AUGGCGCAGUAUCAAGAACUUGUUCAAGGUAUAAGUCUGGCUCAAGAAAAAGCGGGCACCUCCGAGUUUGAGCCCGAUAGCAUUUUAGCCGAGGCAUUCAAGCUGCGCUAUCAAUUCGAGGAAAUACCUGAUAAUCAACGGAAGCUCUCGCGCGACGACGACCCGCUUGGUGCCGCCCGCCCGCCAACUGUGGAGGGACUGCAGCACGAAGAUCUCGACUCCCCGGUGACUACGCCACGUAUGUCUCCGCGGAUACGAUGUCCAUCUUUCCACAGCUAUUAUGCAACUUUCGAUGGCUUGUCAGGACGAGUUGGAGACACGGUCAAGGCUGCACCAAACGAUAAACAGAGUGACAAAGUACUCACACCUCGCAGUAUUUCGGUGGGAAGCCUUGUGGAAACGCUGGCGAGUCGUUUCGAGAGUGAUCGAAUCUACACAUACGUCAACCAUCACACGAUGAUCGUCAUGAAUCCAUACCGGUUGUUACAAACUGCGAGAUUCACGUCCAUCUACGAUGAACAAGUGGUGCUGGCGUACGCUGAUACCGCUAGUGCGGAGGCAUCGCUUGCCCCUCAUCCUUUUGCAAUGGCAAAACAGAGCCUAACAAGGAACUCGGGUCAGUCGCUAUUCCUUUGCGGUGAGAGUGGUAGCGGCAAGACAGAGCUGGCAAAAGAUCUGCUGAAGUACUUGGUACUUGUGGCUCAACCCUCUCUUUCUCGUGACUCGGAU